GCAUUUGGUCUCAGUGUGGAGGCUGUGAAAGUGAUUGCAGCGGGUUUUGUGGUCAGAUGCAGACACUGCGCAGUCUGGAGCUUCCCUCAGUUGCGGUGCAGACAGCGCGCGGGACAAUAGGGGCACUGUUUGCGGCGGAUGGACACACUGCCGGCACCGCGGCGGCUGUCGAACUGAGUGCGGCGGCUGUGAGGAGUCGAGCGGCCCCCGGGGGCGACGGAGCAGGAUCUAAAUAAUGAAUAGUGAAACCUGACGAGCAAAUGAAGAGCCUUGCUGCCGUUUGUCAGCUUACUGGAAUGUACUGCGUGCCACCAUGUGAUUCUUCAAUAGACGGAUUGAAUACAGACGCUAUCAAACUGAGACUAAGGAUAUAAACAUAGAACAGUUUCGAAGUGGUUACUCAACUGCAAGAUUAUAAAGAUCACCUCUUCCAUGGUUGUGCAAUUUGAAAUAUCGUUGCAACUAAAAUACUGAACUUACUAACUGAAAGAAUCAUGGCAAGCAGAGGAGCUUCUAGACCAAAUGGUCCUGGCCAGACAAAGAUCUGUCAAUUCAAGCUGGUUCUAUUAGGAGAUAUGGCGGUGGGGAAAUCCAGUUUAGUCCUGCGUUUUGUCAAAGGCCAGUUUGAUGAAUUCCAAGAGACAACAAUUGGUGCUGCUUUUCUUGCUCAGUCAGUCUGUCUGGAUGACACAACAGUGAAAUUUGAGAUUUGGGAUACUGCUGGUCAGGAACGUUACCACAGUUUAGCACCAAUGUAUUACAGGGGGGCUCAAGCUGCCAUAGUGGUUUUUGAUAUCACAAAACAGGAAACAUUUGAUCGAGCAAAAGCAUGGGUAAAAGAAUUGCAGAGACAGGCCAGUCCUAAUAUAGUGAUAGCCUUGGCUGGCAACAAAGCUGACCUAGCAGAUAAACGAAUGGUGGAGUAUGAGGAAGCACAAGCAUAUGCAGAAGAUUGUGGUUUGCUGUUCAUGGAAACAUCAGCUAAGACAGCAAUGAAUGUCAAUGACAUAUUUCUCGCAAUAGCAAAGAAAAUGCCAAAAAAUGAUCCUCAAAAUCCAGCAACUGCUGCCAGAAAUCGGGGGGUAAAUCUUCAGGAAACAAACCAGCAAAGCCAAAGGGGUUGCUGUGGCAAUUAACAGUAUUUGGACCUCGAACAACAUGAACAAUAGAAAAUAUGGAUAUUGGAGAUUUUCUUUCCUUUUUAUAUUAGCACGCUUUACUGUGCUAAUUCCUUUUAUUCUCUUCCAUUUUGGACUACUGCAUGAGUCAUUCUUCUCAUGGUUGACUACAGGUCUCUCCUGCUUUUACCUGGCACCUGUAGAAAGUAAAUGAUGUAAAUAGCUUGUCAAAUCACUAUGUGUAAAGGUUAGUUACUCCUUUUCACCAGAUUCAAUGAAGGCUUUCUCUGCAAAUCAAACUUUGUUGAGGAUAAAUAUUCUCCCACACUUUCCUAAUCUUAUACUCAAUCCACUAUAAUUUCUUCCUGUUAUCUAAUUUGAUUACUAUUUCAUGUAUAAUAAGAGAGCCUAAUUUGCAGGUAUUCUGAAAUGCAAUAUUCAAAAUCAUUCUUUGAAUGCAUUUUCUCUUAACUUCAUACACAAAUUUAGCUUGGUGUAGGGAAAGUAUUUUUAAAAUGUAAUAUAACAGUUUUGAAAAGCUUUCAACAAUUGCUUAUGCAAAUCUUUAAGAACAAGAGUGUGCUGGUUCUGAUUACUUGGGCACAAUAUUUAGAAGCUCAACAUUGCUUUUCACUGUUGUAGUUUGAAACCCUAGUAAAGUCUUACCCAUAAUAACAGAUAAUUAAAUCCUGUUAAUAAAUGAAGAUUGCUUAGAACAAGGCUUGUCUAUAAUGCAAGUGGCAGUGCCCUUCUUCAUUUAUCUUCCAUGUAUCAUGGCUAAGUCAAAGAGAGCUAUUGGGAUAAACUGUUACAGUUGCCUGUUUUGUUUAUUUUUGUGCUAUUGAUGUCUUUCUUUUCACAUAUAGACCCUAGCCAUGUAUAUAUUUCUUCUUGUACAUCAGUAGGGGGAGAAAAUGCUGUACUGACGGUGUGUUUUGUAUGUCUAUUCUCAGUAUAGUAAAUUGAGUGAAUAUUAGAUAUUCUUGUACAGCGCAAGGGGAAAAAAAAGUUGCAUCUAAAUCUGUAUUCGUUGCAGGAUGUCUCUUCUUUUAACAAAUUCUUGUGACAGAUUAUUAGUGGGGUGUGAAGUUGUUCAAGUUAACAGUCUGAAAUGAUCCCUUUCUUUUGGUCAAAUUUUAAGGUGUGUGUAAAGUUGUCUUGCUCUUCCUAAGCCCAUAUGAAAAAAAUAAGCUCUUGGUGCUUUAGUUCAGAGUAAGCUCUUGGCAUCAGAUCUCCCUCAUAUAUUGCUUCAAUGUUGAAGUUUGCAUCAGCUACCUGACGAAAGGAGACCAAAAACAUUGUUCUUUUAUUGACUGAAUAGUUUGGCGUGCAGAGCAGGGACCACCCGAGGAUGCUUUAAUAGCAAUGGAAAAUUGUACCAUUUAUGAACUACUUAGUGCUUUAUUGAGCCACACGGCUUAAAACUAGACACUUUUGAUUCAUUUGUCAAAAGAACAGCAAGACAAAUAUUCAUGGUUGGAAGACAUGCCAAACUUUGAUACUACAGAAAUGAAUGUUGGGGUUUGAUUUUGACCAGUUAUUCUAAAACAGCAAAGAUUGUUAACAAGUGGCAGACAAUAUUUUGGGGCCUUGAUUUGUUGGGUGACAAAGGUAAGCAUUGAUUUGUUAUUUGACGCUGUUUAGUAUCAACACCCACUUAAAAGGAUUUAGUGCAAUUAAACAGACUACUAAUGAA